AGAGCUGCGAGCAGGUGAGCGACGGAAGAGACAGGCAGACUUUGCGCACGCACAGCGGGAUCCCACGCGCGUGAACUCAGCAUCCAUUUACUUACACCUGACCCCGUCUUCAGUGAAGGACCUGCGCGUGUCCAGCUGUCUUUUGGAUGACACUGCAACCUUUGUAUCGGACAACAUUCGGCAGCGCGAACAUGCCCUCUCUGCGACACUCUUACACCGUGACGGUACCGGAGGAGCCGGCCGCUUUCCCCUAUGACAAACCGGACAUGAGGCGCAGGAGCCACCCGCUGUCCCGGUCCGUGCUGGUGUCCACCUUCAUGGGUCUGAUCAUCACCCAGGCCAAGAACAAGAGUCUUCAGGGCCUGGUGGGUUUGAGGAACCUGGGUAACACGUGUUUCAUGAACUCCAUCCUCCAAUGUCUGAGUAACACUUCAGAGCUGAGAGAUUACUGCCUGAGAAACGGCCACCUCACAGACCUCAACAACAACUGCAGGACAAACACUGCUCUCAUGGACGAGUUUGCUAAGCUGACUCAGCGCCUGUGGACCUCUGUGAACACCGACUCCGUCAGUCCCUCUGAAUUCAGGAACCAGGUCCAGAGAUGUGCUCCAAAAUUUGUUGGUUGCAACCAACAGGAUGCUCAGGAAUUCCUGCGCUUCUUAUUGGACGGUCUCCACAAUGAGGUCAACCGGGUGACGAUCCGUCCUAAAGUGUCUGUCGAGGACUUUGACCACCUCUUGGAUGAUGAAAAAGGCAGGCGGAUGUGGAAUAUGUACUUGGCGAGAGAGGACAGCAAAAUAGUGGAUCUGUUUGUGGGGCAGCUGAAAAGCUCUCUGACUUGCACAGCUUGUGGUUUCCGCUCCACUGUGUUCGAUCCAUUUUGGGAUCUCUCCAUCCCUAUUGCACAGAAGAGCACGGGCGAAGUGACUCUCAAAGACUGCUUGAGACUCUUUACAAAAGAAGAUGUGCUGGAUGGAGAAGAGAGACCAACGUGCACUAAAUGCAAAGGCAGAAGAAAAUGCACCAAGAGGUUCAGCAUCCAGAAGUUCCCUCAGAUCCUCGUACUCCACCUGAAGCGAUUCUCAGACUCCAACAUCUGGGCUAGCAAGCUCUCCACUUAUGUCAACUUCCCUCUUAAGGAUCUGGACCUGUGGGAGUUUUCCUCAGAACCCAGCGAGCGCCCUGUGUAUAACCUCUAUGCAGUGUCCAACCACACUGGAAACGCUUUGGGAGGCCAUUACACAGCCUACUGCAAGAACUCAGCUCUGGGGGAGUGGUACAGCUACAAUGACUCCAGGGUGAGCCCGAUGUCCUCCAGCCAGGUUCGCAGCAGCAAUGCCUACGUCCUCUUCUACGAGCUGGCCACCCCCUCACACAGUAAAUAUCAGACAUGCCGACUUUAGGCACCCUCGAGGAGCAAUGAGCUGCACUUAACUUGGACCGAAAGGGGAAAGAAAAAACAAGAAACUGCCUGCCGGGAGAUAGCUCCACCUAGUGGAGAGAGUCCUGCCAUUACAAACUGUGAAAAUGGAGCACUGAGACACUGAAUGGUGGAUGUGAAGACUCAUUUACGCUGAAGGAUGUAGAGCUUCUCUCAUAGGAUGGGUUGAAGUGAAACAGUGGGGAAAAUAUAUCUUCCUUUGUUGAAAAAGUGCACAGCAGUGAUGCUGCUUGCAAUGUGCAAGCCUGUUUCUUUCUUCUUCUUCUUUUUUUUUUCUAAAAAGGACAUUUUGAAACUUUUUUUUGGCCACUUGAGUGGAUUCUUUUUUUUAAAAUAUAGAUUAUUAAUGUUAAAGACUUUAUUGUUAUUACAGAGACUUGAGAAGCAGGCCUCAUGCACCAAAUGCAAGAUAUAAUUUAUUCUAUUUAAUAUGAUGUCAGACCUUUGGUGUGCAUAUGUAUAUAAUUUAAAAAAGCUUUAUGGUUUACCUCUCCACCAGUGCAGAAAGGACAGUUUAUUAUAUUUUUGUACAGUAUUUAUGAACAGCACAGUGAAUGUGGAAAAGUCGUACCAAGCACAUACCAAAGCAGCUUCUUCCAGGAAAUAUGUGACCGACUUUAAACCCUUAAAGUCGGU